AAGAACUCUACCAGAAGCGAUCUCAUCUUGAGUUUAUUCCCUGGCCACCUAAACCCUGAUCUAACCCUUCCAGCCCCCAAAAGCAAGAUCAAUUUCUACUGCCAUGCCAAUCCGGACCUGUCGCCCGCCUCCGCCGGGCCUGCAGAACUCCGCCUUGAUGCGCCCCACGGACCAGCAACUCUUUUCGCACCUGGCUCAAACAUCUCCUUCGAUAUCGACAGACAUAGCUUUGGAUAUGGCAGAGCCAGUGAGGCAUUCAUAGCCCGCCUCGAGUCGGGGGCCGUAGCCGUGACAAGGGAGAUGAAUCAAGCCUUCGACCAGUAUAGGAUCCCUCUCAGCUUCCAUUAUUCCCCAAACAACCCUCGAGUCGUCUUCAAGAUCUACUACGACCGCGAUCUGGACGGUCGCACCUGGGCAGACUCCUUUUUCCCCAGCACCCCGCCCGACCUCCGAGCCUUGCCAACCUACCGACUCCCCAGGCGCUCCAUCCGGAUCGGACCUCUGUGCAUUUAUGAGACAGAUGGUCAUGCCUUUAUCAAGAACAUCCUCCGCCACGAGUUCGGGCAUGUCAUCGGGAUGCGCCACUGGAAUGCUCAAGAAACUGAACAAACUCGGCCUUCAAGAUGGAUCCCGGGAUCCUGCGAAGAUAACCACCACACCGUGAUGGUCACGGGCGUGCACCCCAGCGCCAUCAAAUUCUGGCCUAGCGACUGGGAGUACCUUGGGAGGGCCUAUAGCGGCCAGCGUGGUUAUCCCAUCCGCUACGUCUCACCGAUUGGUUUUUAUAGCUACUAAGCACCCACGAUACCUUCCGGGCUUCUCGAUCGCCCUUCUACUAGCAUACGGCCUCCACUCUCUUGUCCAAGGGUCACUAUUGAAGAACGAGCGAGGCGUGUGCGUUAAUAGAAAAGACGGUGGGGUAUUUGGCGCAAUCAAGGAAAACGGGUAGCAUCUAUCAAUAGGAUAUCACCCGGGGCAGUAACGAUUACAUGAUGAAAGUUUAGAAAAGACGGCAAAAGGUACUCGGUAAUUUGGCAUGGCAUACAGGAUAAGGGUAGCAUCGAGUGGGUGUACGUAAAGGGACAUGACUUUCGGACGAAAUUUACGGUACGAAUUGUUCUUGCUUUCACAUUGCAAUUCCUUAUUCAUUAUAUUAAUACAUCAAGUUUGGGAUUUGAGGAUUC